AUGAGCUCACUGGACCGCGCCGUGUACGACCAGUACAUGUCGCUCGACACGGGCAACGUGACCCUCGCCGAGUACGUGUGGAUCGGCGGGUCGGGUCAGGACUUGCGCUGCAAGACCAAGACGCUGACCCACGACGUGACGUCCGUCGCGGACCUGCCCGUGUGGAACUUUGACGGCUCGAGCACGGGCCAAGCCCCGGGCGAGGACUCGGAGGUGCUCUUGCGACCCGUCGCCAUCUUCAAGGACCCGUUCCGACGCGGCAAGCACCUCCUCGUGCUCUGCGACUGCCUCAAGCCCGACAUGACGCCCAUUGCCAACAACACGCGCGCCGACGCGGCCCGCGUCAUGGACGCUGCUGCCAGCCACGAGCCCUGGUUUGGCAUUGAGCAAGAGUACACGCUCUUUGAGAAGGACGGCGUGACGCCCUACGGCUGGCCCCGGGGCGGGUUCCCCGGUCCCCAGGGGCCGUACUAUUGCGGCGCCGGCGCGCACUCGGUGUUUGGCCGGCUGAUUGUCGACGCCCACUACCGCGCGUCGCUCUACGCGGGCCUCAACAUCUCUGGCAUCAACGCCGAGGUCAUGCCGGGCCAGUGGGAGUACCAAGUCGGGCCGUGCACGGGCAUCGAGUCGGGCGACCACUUGUGGAUGUCGCGCUACAUUCUGCUGCGCGUGUGCGAAGACUUUGGCGUGAACGUGUCGUGGGACCCGAAGCCCAUUCCCGGCGACUGGAAUGGCGCCGGCUGCCACACCAACUACUCGACCAUCGCCAUGCGCGAAGACGGCGGCAUGGGCGCGAUCAUUGAAGCCAUUGAGAAGAUGAAGCUCAAGCACAAGGAGCACAUUGCUGCGUACGGCACGGGCAACGAGCGCCGGCUCACGGGGCGCCACGAGACGGCCAGCAUGGACACGUUUUCGUACGGCGUGGCGAACCGCGGGGCGUCGAUUCGCAUCCCGCGCGUGGCCGAGGCCGAGGGCAAGGGCUACUUUGAAGACCGCCGUCCCGCGUCCAACAUGGACCCGUACGUGGUCACGAGCCGCAUUGUCAAGACGACGAUCCUCGACGAAGCGUAG